AUGGAUCCUUCAACUCUGCUUCAGUGUUUCGCUGGUACACUGAGCCACGACCAGAAUGUGCGUAGUGAAGCUGAAUCGAGCCUGAAAGCUGCUGGGAAGACUACUGGUUUUCUUGGUGCAAGUCUGGAUAUCAUCUCCUCACCUGAAAUUCCACAGGACAUCAAGUUACCUGCAGCCUUGUACAUCAAAAACAAGAUCAUUCACGGAUGGAGUGGCAACCAAUUGGGAAGAAAUGAACUGCUCAACUUCAGUGUGGACAAUGACGAAAAACCGGUCGUCAAGGACAUGUUGAUAAAAGCUUUGGUGAAUUCGUCGAUAUACUCCCCUAGUUGCGUUCGUCUCCUGCAGCCUGCUUUGAGCACUAUCGUUGCCGAGGAUUACCCCAAGAAACAAUGGGACUCGUUGCUGGGCACCUCGUUUGAACUUCUCAGCUCGGACGAUAUCAAUUCGGCGCACAUCGGGCUGCUGGCUUUGAGUGAGAUUUUCAGAACAUAUCGUUGGAAGGAAAACGAUUCCAGGCAGGAGUUGGAACAUCUGAUUAUCCAGUAUUUUCCUCUUCUGCUUAAGUUCACCACGGACACACUUGUGGAUAACGGCAGAAAUAUUGACAACGCCAAAGCAGGUGAAAUGGUAAAGCUUGUUCUCAAAAUCUACAAGUUUGUCACUUAUCAUGAUUUGCCUUUCACGCUUCAAAGGCCCGAUCAUUUCAUUCCUUGGGCUAACUUGCAUGUUAACAUCAUUCAGCAACCAUUACCGUCCCAGAUUGUUUCAUCUGCAGCUGCUAGUAGUCCACGAUACCAGCCAUGGGUGAAAGCUAAGAAAUGGGCUUACGCAAAUUUGUCAAGACUUUUCCAGAGAUAUGCAUCAACUUCACUUUCUCGGAAAUUUGCGUAUGAUGGGUUCAAACAGCUUUAUUUGGAUGACUUUUUACCACAGAUUGUUCAGCUAUACUUUCAGCAAAUCGAACAGUGGAGUGAGAAGUCGCUCUGGCUCAGCGAUGAAGCUAUGUACCAUAUUUUAGGCUUUUUCGAACAGGUGGUGGUGCAGAAAGCCACUUGGCCUUUAAUGAAACCAUACUAUCCAGUGCUGCUAGAGCACAUCAUUUUUCCUCUCCUCUGCCCCACGGAAGAGUCAUUGGAAACUUUCGAAACAGACCCACAAGAGUACAUACAUCGGAACUUAGAAGUUUGGGAUGACAAUUAUUCGCCUGACCUUGCCGCCCUGGCGCUUCUAACGACUUGUGUUACCAAAAGAGGCAGCACCACAUUGGCACCUACCGCCUUUUUUGUCACGGAAAAGCUGAAUAAGAACUUGGCUCACCCUGAACAAUUCGUCGAAGUUGAAUCUGCGCUCAGAAUAUUUUCCAAUAUUUUGGAUCGCCUUUUCAUGAAGAACUCUGGGUUCUCAAGGGAUGUUGAGAAGCUAUUGAUCUCCUUGGUUUUCCCGUAUUUCAAUUCUACUCACGACAUUUUGAGAGCGCGUGUUUGUGAAAUAUGCUCCAAAUUGGGAGAGCAGCAUUUUGAAAAUCCACAAGCUCUAGAAACAAUUUACAAUGGGAUAGUUUCGUGCUUUAUGGAAGAUUCUAACUGUCUUCCCGUGGAGCUCUUGGCAGCUCUUGGAAUUCAGGCAUUUAUUCACGAGCCUGCAUUUCAAGGACCAUUAUCUGCUAAUGUCGUGCCUAUGACGCAAAAGUUGCUACGCAUCUCUAAUGAGAUCGAGUCCGAUGCCGUUUCUGGUGUGCUUCAAGAAUUUGUAGAAUGUUUUUCCGAGCAGUUGCAACCUUUUGGCAUUGAGCUUAUGACCGACCUUGUACAGCAAUUUUUGAAGUUGGCGAUUGACUUGAACGAAUCAGCCAACUUUGACGUAAACAAGAUCAACGACUAUAGUGAGCUGCCUGAUGAUACUGACAAGCAAAUGGCGGCUCUCGGAAUUCUUUCAACAGCAAUUUCAAUCCUACUUUCCUUCGAAAAUUCGCACGACAUUGUGAAAAAUCUCGAACAAUCUUUUUAUCCUGCGGCUGAGUUCAUUCUCAGAAACGACAUGGAAGACUUUUACCGCGAAGUGUGUGAAUUCAUUGAAAAUUCUACCUUCUUGUUGCGAGAUGUUACACCGUUCUCAUGGAAGAUAUUAGAGCUCAUCGGGGAGUGUAAUCAGAAAGAAGAGGGGAUGGUUGCGUUCUACUUGGAGGACUUCAUGGUUGCUUUCAACAACUAUCUCGUUUACGGCCAAGAAGAAUUCAAGAAGAAUUCAUUUUAUUCGAAUAUUUUGUUCGAAGUCUACAACAAAGCUAGCGUCAACGAAGACAGCUCACUCGACGAUAUGGCACACGUCUUCGAACUCUCGCAAAAGCUCGUGCUAACUUUGGAUACGUCAAUCUCGGGUUCUUUCAUCGAGAAGUUUCUAAAUGACGCUCUCGAUGCCAUUACUCGAGAGGCUGCUGACUUGAAGAAAAAUGUGAUUUUCACCGUGAGCUCCUUCAAUGUGAUUAUUGCAUGCUUGGCGUGCCGUCCUACUGAAACUCUGCAGUACCUUCGUGCCCGAGACGCUUUCGAGAGUUUCUUCGAUCUAUGGUAUUCAUAUCUCAUUCCACAUUAUAAGCGGGUUUAUGACAUUAAGCUGUCGCUGAUGGCACUUUUGAGCAUAAACGGCAACGUUUCGCUCUCUGAUGUUCAGGCAUUGUCGCUUGAAACUGUAGUCGGACAAUCGGGCUCUAAGAUUGUCAAAUUGCUCACUGUAUUCCCGCAGGCGCUGAAAGAUCUGGACGAAAGACGCAAAGUCUAUUCUUCCGGCGGCGUUCCAGACGAUGCUUUUGGGCAGUUUGAGCAGGAGUUUACGGCAAAUUCUGGAGAUGGUGAAAAUGGCGGCGACGAGGACGACGAAGACGACGGUGACGAGGAGGCGUAUCUCGAUUUUCUCAACAAGGAAGCCAACAACUUCAAAUUUGUUGACGGGAGUACCGACAUUUUCGAUCCUUUGGAAGAUUUCGAAAACCUGGACGAAGAUCCCCUCUCGGGUUCUGUUAUCGACCAUGUCAACGUCUAUGACGUCGUCAAAGCCGUGAUGUCGUCCGUCCAAACUGAUUCUGCAAAAUAUGACAUUUUCACUGCCAAUUUGUCGCCAGAAGAUCGUCAAGCGAUCACCAGCAUUGUGAACCUCUAA